GGUCUUGUUCUUUCGGUGCAGCUCUCGUGUUCCCAGAUUCCCAGAUCUGACGGAAACCCCAUGAACUUCCCUCGGCCUGUCUCGGAUUGGAUAAAAAGCAAAAGAGGUGGCCUUGGUCUGUUCUUACAGUUUUGUUCUUCUUCUCGGAUGCCUCUUAUUAUCUAGCUUUGGAGGAAUUGCACUGCAAUUGAGGCCUCGCAAUAAGUUAGCAUAAACAAACAUGCCGGGCUCCUCUCGAAUACCUGCUAGCUUACGCGAAAGCUUCAACAACGUCAAGAGGCGAUCUCGGCCGAUUGACCCUCAGCAGAUCUUCAACCUAGACUUAUUCCGAAAUGUCGUCUUUUUCUUCUUUGUACUACGCAUUGUCCGCCGGACGUUCUGGAAACUAAAGGGACGUGGCAUCAUCGGUACCAUUGUAGAGUUAUAUCGUGAUACGCAACGUGUACUAUAUGGAUACUUUCUACGAGCACCGGGGGUUCGGACCCAGGUACGCAAGCAAGUCAACGACUCGUUAUCCAAGGUCCAGGCGAAGAUAAUACCAGCCGAUGGGACGAGAUACUUAACCCUACCGAAAGAGGGAUGGACAGAAGACGCACUGAAGACCGAGCUCGAGACGCUGGCGAACAUGGACCAUACCAGGUGGGAAGACGGCUAUGUAUCUGGUGCUGUAUACCACGGAGAGGAAGAAUUGCUCAAGCUUCAAACUGAGGCUUACGGCAAGUUCACUGUUGCAAACCCGAUUCAUCCGGACGUCUUCCCUGGCGUGCGAAAGAUGGAAGCCGAGGUUGUCGCAAUGGUCCUUUCCAUGUUCCACGCCCCAGCCAACGCUGCCGGAGUGUGCACCAGCGGCGGUACUGAGAGUAUCCUGAUGGCAUGCUACAGCGCAAGGCAGAAGGCGUACGCAGAGCGUGGCGUAACGGAACCUGAGAUGAUCCUUCCGGAGACGGCCCACACGGCCUUCCGUAAGGCCGGUGAUUACUUCAAGAUCAAGGUCCACCUUGUUCCUUGCCCCGCCCCCAACUACCAGGUCGACGUCCACCGAGUCUCCCGGCUCAUUAACUCCAAUACCGUCCUCCUUGUCGGGUCCGCUCCCAACUUCCCCCACGGUAUCAUCGACGACAUCUCGGCCCUUUCCAAGCUGGCUGUUAAGCGUCGCCUGCCGCUGCACGUCGACUGCUGCCUCGGCUCAUUCCUAGUUCCCUUCCUCGAAAAGGCUGGCUUCGAGACCGAGCUCUUCGAUUUCCGCCUCAAGGGCGUCACCUCCAUCUCGUGCGACACACACAAGUACGGGUUCGCGCCCAAGGGCAACUCCACCGUACUCUACCGCACGCAGGAGCUGCGCACGUACCAGUACUUCGUCUCCCCCGAUUGGUCUGGCGGCGUCUACGCCUCGCCGGGUAUCGCCGGAUCCCGGCCCGGCGCCCUCAUUGCCGGCUGCUGGACCAGCAUGAUGCGCGUCGGCGAGGCGGGGUACAUCGAGGCCUGCGGCACCAUCGUUGGCUGCGCCAAGAAGAUCGCCGAGCACGUCACCUCACACCCGGGCCUCAGCGCCGAGCUCGACAUCAUCGGCCGCCCCCUCGUCUCCGUCGUCGCCUUCACCGCGCGCAACCUCGACAUCUACGACAUUGCCGACGGCAUGAACUCCAAGGGCUGGCACCUCAACGCCCUCCAGAACCCCCCCGCCAUCCACAUCGCCGUCACCCUCCCCAUAACCAAGGUCUGGGAACGCCUCGUCGCGGACCUCGAGGCCGUGGUCGAGGCCGAGAGGGAGAAGGAACGCGUUCGUGCCGUGGAGGGCAAGGGCGUCAAGGGCAAGGCCUCGGGCGAUACGGCGACUUUGUACGGUGUUGCUGGAAGCUUGCCGAAUAAGGCUGUCGUGGUCGAUUUGGCGAGGGGGUUCUUGGAUCUGAUGUAUAAGGCGUAGACGAUCGAACAUCCGGCAGUCUGGGUCUUAAGUAUGGUGGGUAAGGGUAGGUUUGGGUUUUAGGAGGGCGGCAUAAGAGAGGGGGUUGGGAAUUGUGUCAUGAUAGGACGGCAUCGGGAGGGCUUGCUCGUCACCAUUCAUGACUUGCAACCGCUGCCCGCUGCGAAAACAUAAUAGUGUACGUUAAGGAAGGAAGCCUGGAGGAAGGCAGGCCGGUCAUUGAUUGGGGUUAGUGGGCUGUACAUAUAUAAGAGAGGAUUGGCAACAUGAAGCGAGGCGAGGCGAGGUGAAGCAAGGGGCAUAAACCUCGCGAGUAUGCAAGGCAAGUAUCACAUAAUCCCCUAAAAAGGGGGGCGCUUUCUCGUACGAAAGAAAACAACAUCGUAAGACGGACGGAGAGCAUUUGAUAGCGCAUGGUAGUACAAACUCUUCAAUCAAUCAAUG